AUGAUUGAGGAUGGCCAUCAAGAAUGUCAAGAAAAUGAUGCAGUUCAGGGUCGAAAGGAGGUAGUUCCCGACAGGACUUUAAGAAAUCAACAUCUCCCUAGUCGAGUAACAAUGAAGACUCUCUCACCCCUGAGUGUUUAGUUCGAACAUUUAUGGAAAGGGUAAUAUGAAGGACCCAAUUAUAAAACAUUAUUCAUUGGAGGAUCACGUCCAAAACAAGACGAGACAGAAAAAGACUUAAUGUUUAGGAGACUACUAUCUUGUUUGAUGGGUAAGUAGGACAGAUCAUACGGAAUGAAGGAACUUCUGAAGAUUAAAAUGAAGGAGAUUGGAGUUGAAACAGAAGUCAUAGAAAGUGGCUAAAUGCUCUCUCAUGGGUACCACACUGAUAUUUACGCCGAAGAUUUGGAUAAUUAAGGUACUCAUUCAGAAUUCAAAAGGAAGGAUUUGUUAAGACCAUACCUGAGUUCAUCAAUGCCAAGCUGGUAAUACAUAGAUGGGACCAGUUCCCUAAUAGGAACUCUAAGAUCAUAGGAACAUUAGGCGAGAAGAAAACCUUUCAUCUCAUACAGGAUGAUAUGGAAAUGUUACAUCAUGUCCUAUUACAUGGAAGUUAAAUUCAAUUAUUGGAGACCUAUUACUUAGAUAGAAACUAAUAAAGAAUUCAAUUGAUCAACAAGGAUUGGCCAUAGUUUAUAAGCAUGGCUCGUGGUAGAAAUAAACUAAUGAUCACAUCUACUAAGAAGAGUCGUGAUAAUUCAGUGGAGAGCUAAAGGGUUAAGCAAAUAUUUCAGGUUUUAGAGGAAAGUAAAUUCAAAGAACAGUUGUAGAUUUUAGCCAAAUAUAUUGGAGGAGGAAUGUCAGACUAGGAUUCAGUAAGAAGCCAAUUUAUGGUGAAGAGAUUAAGGAUAGAUCAGCAAGUAUUCUCCUCAAUAUGGAGGGCAAAGCGGAACUCAAAAAGAUUAAAUGAAGAGAAUAUAGCUCGUCUUGUCUUAAUUAAUACUAGCAAGAAGGACGCAUUUUUCCUAAUAGGUUAGAUAUUUCCAGAAGGGCUAUCGAAAUUUGUUGAAUAGUAUGGACUUAAUAAUUAUUUGAAACUAUUCCUAAAGCUAACACAUGAUUACCUCAAGCUGUCUUUAGUGAGAGAUGACUUUAAUUAUAUGAUUUAAAAAAUUACUUAUAUGACUUAAAUCAAAAGACAAAUGAUCAAAAAGAUGAAAUUUAUUGAACUUGAAAACUGUGAUACGAGCUCAGUCUAAGAAUUAGUUUAAGAUCAAGUAGGAAUAUUGGACAAAUGCCUAUGA